AUGAAACCCAGCACCCUCCUCCCCCUCCUCCCCCUCGCCUCCCUCACAACAGCCGACACCCCCUGCAGCCUAACCAAAAACCCCGGAAUCCUCAACGCCAUAGGAAAAUUCUGCCAGAACCAAGGCCUCGUCGUGCCCUCCGCCUACGCGGGCAAAGGGAUGGGUGGAGCGUAUGAUGGCGGGAGUGUGCAGAUUAGUGGUACCCCGCCGCAGUGGGUUCCGCAGGAGUAUUGUAUGGCGCAGUUUAGGGGGAUGUGUGGGAAUGGGAGAAGGGAGAGGAGGUUUGGGAGGGGUGGGUGUCAGACGUGGAAGAUUCAUUAUCCGACGGAGCGCAAGGCUGGAUGGGGUGGGAAGAAGAUGGGAGGUCAGCCGGCGCCAGGGAAGCCGAAGGGUGGUGGGCCGGAGAGUGUGACUGUUAAUUUGUAG